ACAAAAUUUGGGAUAGGCAAAUAGAUCAGAAGUUGUUCCAAAUGGACAACAAGGAUACAGAGUUCUUGAAAUAUUCAUCAAAUAUAUAUAUUUUAGGACGGCCAACCUAGCCGAGGAAUCAUAUAUAUAGCCAUAGGUUAUGGUUUACAGCUAUAUGCACAAUUACACACACACCAAUUCAUACGUAGAAUAAUGCUCCAAAAUCAAGCCUUAAUAUUCAAUAUGAAUGAUGAACAUUAUCAUCGUUUGCUCCUCUUUAUAAUGGUAGUGAUCGUAUCCGCUGCGCCUAACCUACAAUCUUGUGAUGGUGGAAAGAUAAUGAUGGAAUACAUAGGAGCAACAGGGGCACAAGUAACAUUCAAUUCAGUUCCAAUAGAAGAAGGGAUUGAUUUCCAUUUCAUUCUUGGGUUCGCCAUUGAUGCAGACGCUUCCGGCAAUGCCCAAAACGGAAAGUUUUCGGCAUAUUGGACGGAAUCGUUGACACCCGAAUCUGUUGCAGCCAUUAAGGCACGCCAUACCAAUGUCAAAGUCUUGGCUAGCCUCUCUGGUUGGAGUCUGCACGACAAAGUCAUACGUUGGUAUGACCCAAAAGACACUCACCUAUGGAUUUCAAAUGCAUUCUCAUCUCUAAGGUCUUUAGCACUCACUUACCACCUUGAUGGCAUAGACAUUGACUAUGAAGUUUUCCCAAGAAAUAAAAACUAUACUAGUUUUGCUUAUUGUGUUGGUGAGCUCAUAACUCUUCUGAAGAAACAUAGUGUUAUUUCUGUGGCCACUAUUGCUCCCUAUCACCUAACUGUUGAAGCCUAUAUGGAACUCUUCAAAGGUUACAAUAAUGUUAUUGAUUAUGUUAACCAUCAAUUCUAUACCGACAAAGUUUUGACUCCUCAAAGGUACUUAGAAGAUUUUAAUAUUCGAGUAACGCAAUUUGAUAGGAAUAAGUUGCUUCCUAGCUAUGAAGUCAAUGGAAGGGGUAUUCAGGGGGAUGCAUUUUUUGGAACUCUGAGUUUGUUGCAAGAAAAUGGAUUUGAGGUCGGAGGCAUUAUGAUCUUCUCAGCCGAUGCAUCUUCUUCCAACAACUAUUUAUAUGAGAGAAGAUCACAAGCAUUUUUGCUCAACUCUACCGCUACAUGAAGGAUAAAAUAAAGAAAAAGUUGAGUUAUAUAUUUAUGCCUGCGGACCAAAGGAAAGAUCAUGAGUUCCAUGAUUGAGAGACAUUAGUUUAGUCCAAUUCUCCUGUUUUUUAAAAGGGAGCUACUCAGAUAAAUAAAGACGUCUAAAUCGUUGUUUUUUAAAGAUGUUUUCUAGUAAUUAAAAUUUAAUACA